AUGUCCAACUCUUAUGAAGUCUAUAAAGAAGGUGGGUUGUUGAGAGGAAGAUAUCAAAAGUUAGAAGAUAUAAGUGAAGGUGCAUUCGGUUUAGUUUCACUGGCUAAAGAUAUCAAGAAAGCCAAAUUAGUUGCAGUUAAAUACAUUUUCAAAGAGGAAGAUAUUGAUCCUAAAAAGUCUAGAGCUCCUAGUAAAGCCAGGUCUAGAGGUAAUGCCGAGUUCAAUAUUUCCAAGAGAUUAACAGAAGGUGUUUGUGAAGAGGCAAUUUAUGAAAUUAACAUCCAAGAGAAAAUUGGACACCAUCCAAAUAUUAUUUCAUUAUUGGAUUAUUUUGAUUCUUUUAUCAUUUUGGAAUACUGUUCAAGAGGUGAUUUGUAUGAAGCUAUUAAAGCUGAUGCGGGGCCAAGCUCAACAAGAGAUAUUGUGAACGUUGUGUUGCAAUUGGUUGACGCUGUUGAAUUUGUUCACAAUAAGUCAAUUUAUCAUCGUGAUAUCAAACCUGAAAAUAUUUUGAUUGCCGAUGAUUGGACAAUCAGAUUGACUGACUGGGGGUUAGCUUCCACAAAGAGAUUUUGUAAUGACUUUGGUGUUGGUAGUGAACGUUAUAUGGCUCCUGAGUUAUUUGACGAAAAGAAUAUUGACGUCUAUGAUGCUUCCAAGUGUGAUAUUUGGUCAAUCGGUAUUUGUUUUUUGAAUAUUGUGUUCCAUAAAAAUCCCUUUGGUUCUGCAACUCAUGAUGAUAAAUCAUUUAGCUAUUUUGCAAGAAACCGUGAAGCUUUAUUUGAUAUUUUCUCCACAAUGUCUAAUGAUUUCUUUACUGCCUUACGUUAUUCAUUGACCCUUGAUCCUGAGAAUAGA